UGCCACCAACCACCCAAAGCCAACUUCAGGGCAGUUCGCUGUGUUUUUGUGUGAAGUGUCAAGGGGCCUCGGCCAGAGAAAAGGGGACAAUGGCAGAGGAUUUCGAGUGGGCGCAGCCCCACCCGGAGCUGCACAAGGUGUGCACGCUGUUUGGGCGCCUGGAGCUGCGCGCCCCGUUGGCGUGGCGCUACCGUCCGCUGCCCAGCCUGCUCCAGCAGGGGCCCCAGUGCGGGCUGGUGGCCCUGGCGAUGCUGUCGGGCGCCCCAGUGGACGCCAUCCAGGCCCACGCUCACGCCCAGGGCUACACCAGUCAAGGCGAGCUGUUCAGCUGCGACCACAUGCUGGAACUGGCGCAGCGCUUCCUGCGCCCGCCGGCCACUUGCCGGCUGUACUCCGGCCGCCUGGACGACGCCCCAAUCAAGCGCUUUCUGCUGCAGGGGGGCUGUUUGCUGGUGCCAUACGACACUGCAAAGGACAACUCGCCAGGGCUCCAGGGCGGCCGCAAGGCCCACUGGGGCGUCGUGAGCGGAGCGAUCAACACCGGCAGGGCGCUUUUCGUGGUCGCCCGGCACGGAAAGGCCAGAAACGUGGGGAUUUGGACGCUCACUGAGCUGGCAGACAGCAACCAGCAGCUGAGGGCUAGCGCCCCGGAGUGCGCCCACCUGAGGCUGCCCCCCGGGGGCAUCGACGGCCCCUCGGGGCUCAACGGCCGCAGUGUUCUGGUUCAGUUAGGGGACAGCUAGCUGUCAGGGCGGUCUCGAGGACUACAAACACCAAGAGCAUUUUUAAUAAAUAAAGUAUAUUACAAAUAA